AUGACGUGUUGGUGGAGUUAAUUUUGCAUCAUCAACUUUGAUUUCACCUGGUGGCAUCUGAUUUAAGCAUUGAUCGAUGAUUCUAAGUGAUUGACGCAUUUCUUCUAUACGACACAAAUAACGAUCGUAACAAUCGCCUUUAGUGCCGAUUGGAACAUCAAACUCAACGAGAUGAUAAGCGUCGUAUGGCUGCGUUUUACGUAGAUCCCAUUUGAUGCCAGAACCACGCAACAUUACGCCACUGAAUCCAUAAUUGAGAGCAUCUUCAGCAGAUACAAUGCCAAUGUCUUCAGUACGUUGAACCCAAAUGCGGUUUGUUGUAAGCACAUCUUCAACUUCAUCAAGUCGUUCUCCGAAUUUCGAAGAGAAUUCAUAAAUAUCGUCAAGUAAUCCAAGAGGUAGAUCUUGAUUAACACCACCUGGACGUAUAUAUGCAGCAUGCAUACGAGCUCCUGAUACACGCUCAUAGAACUCCAUCAUCUUCUCUCGUUCCUCGAAGAGCCAGAAGAAAGGUGUCAUUGCACCAACAUCAAGAGCAUGCGUACCAACUGCCAUAAUAUGGUUUAAGAUUCUUGUGAUUUCACCAAAAAGUGCUAAGAAUAUCAAUGUUCAAAAGUUUCUCAACAGCAAGUGAAUAACAUUGUUCAUUGCACAUCAUUGAUACGACUUACCGAUCAAAAUAUGGCAAAGCCUGAGUAUAAGUUUUGUAUUCAAUAAGCUUCUCAGUUCCACG